AUCCGACUGCGAGCCUCCGUGGUCCCGGCUCAGUUGACGAGCUGCCGCUGUUGAGAGCUGUAGAGCUGUGAUACACGUCGGUCGUGUGCAACUGGUUUAGUUCGUACUUUUUUUUUCGAGUCGAGUGUCGAGAUUCGACAGUUUAUCGACGACUACGAUUCUCGACGUAUGUGUCUUGAGUUUUUUUUUGAAUUCAAACUACCGAAUUUGAAUUUUAUUUGAUUUUUUUGGUUGCGAAAUACGUACCUACGAAGUUUCUCGAGUUAAUGUUGUAAUUUUUGUUACAUUUUGUGCGCGAGUUUUCUCAAUAUAUAUAUAUUUUUUCCAAGUUUGAUCAAUUUAUUUAUUUUUUUGCAAACUUUAUGGUGUUUUGAUUUAUAAUUUUAACUGAAAAUAUGGUGACAAUGGCUUCGAGUGCUACGAGCAGUAUUGGUGUUACUCCGCUGUCCCCGGAUGUGACCACGACCACUGUGCAGAAGAAAAGCUCGGAAAAUCGAAGGAGCAAUAAACCUAUUAUGGAGAAGAGACGCAGAGCCCGAAUUAACAACUCGUUGAAUGAAUUAAAAGCCUUGAUAUUGGAUGCGAUGAAAAAAGACCCAGCCAGACAUUCGAAACUGGAAAAAGCCGAUAUUCUGGAGAUGACGGUGAAACACCUCGAAUCAUUGCACAAACAACAAGCAGCCAUGUCUGCGGUUACCGAUCCCCAAGUAGUGAACAAAUACCGAGCCGGAUUCAACGAAUGCGCCGGCGAAGUGGGCCGCUUCCCCGGACUCGAGCCAAUGGUACGUCGCAGACUCCUACAACACUUAUCCACGUGCCUGAAUGCCACCGCCAUUGCCGCCUCAACAGCCGGCUCAAUCGGCGGCGGCAUCGACGCCAGCGCUACCAAAGCCCACCAACAAAACCUCCAAGUGCAUAUAUUACCAUCGGAGACGGGUGCCAAGCAGCAUCAUCAAAACGGUAUAUUCCUGAGUGCCGGAUCCAACGCCGGCGUCCAACUGGUACCGACCAGGCUACCUAAUGGCGAUUUAGCUCUAAUCCUACCUUCGGCGUCGACCACCAGCUCACAUAUCCAACAAAGGUUAUCCGUGUCGCCGGCUCCUUCUGGUUCUUCAUCUAGUUCACCUCCGCCUUUGGCCAUGAUCAACCAUUCUCGAUCAGCCAGCACCGACUCGGCUGCCAGUAGCAAUUCACCGAUUGGGUUCGAAAGGCUGUCGGUAACCAUACCAAAAAGCUCGCCUAAUGACGACUGCCAUUCGCCGAGUAGCAUUAAUUCGGCGUACUCGUCACCCAACAGUCCGGCGAGUCAAAUGAAGUACGAACAUUACGGAUUGUAUAGUCCACCAUUGCAGAAACCUUUGUCUUUGGUGGUACGCGAAAGCUACGGUGACAGGGAACCGUGGAGACCGUGGUAAUUAGUCUCUCUCUACCUUACCCUAAUGUUGCUGUUGCUGUUGCUGUUUGUGUGACACUGACACGACAACUCUUGGUCGAUUUUACCUACCUAUAAAGCGCGAUUCGUAUAUUGUUCGUGUUGUACCCUUGGUCUAGUUUCGUCUUUCAUAUAUACUAUUAUGCUAUACGUAUGUUAUAUUGUUUUUUUUUCUCUUUUCUGUCUUCUUUUUGUGGGUGUACUUACCUAUUUAUUUGUUUUUUUGUCUUUUUUUUUUUGAUUUUGGUCAAGUGUGUUAGUGUUAAGAUUUACUAUAUGAUUGGACUUUAUCGCCUUUAGUGGCCAAAAUGGGUUGAUUAUUCGACUUGCACCAGAAGGUGGUUUGGUUUUUUUUUUUUACUUAUUCGUCUUGUUCCAAAGAUUUAUGUACUAUUUUUUUACGUAUACCAGGAAGCGUUUUUACACGUUUUGGCGUCAGCCUUAUGUGCAUUUAAGAUACAGCUUGGUUCGAAAAGAUGCCAUUAUUGUGAGGUUUGAGGUAAAGUAGGUCUGUGUUCGGGGGUUCUUAGGAAGGGGGGUGUUUCUGAAUUGGAUUUGGAGGGAUCUACAUAAAUUGGUGGGAAAUUUCCCCCACUGCCUAUUGGAGUGAAAAUAAGUGAAAAAAAUUAAAAAAUUAUUUUUUAAAAAAAUGGGAAAAAAUAUUUUGAAAAAAAUUAAGAAAAAUUAUUUUGAAAAAAAUGAAAAAAAUUGAAAAAUUAUUUUUUAUAAAAUUGGGAAAAAUUAUGAAAAAAAUUGGGAAAAAUUAUAAAAAUAAUUGGAAAAAAUCAUUUUGAAAAAAAUUGAAAAAUCAUUUUAAAAACAAUUGAAAAAUUAUUGGAAAAAAAUUGGAAAAAAAUAUUUUGAAAAAAAUUAAGAAAAAUUAUUUUGGAAAAAAUGAAAAAAAAUUGAAAAAUUAUUUUUUUUAAAAAUUGGGAAAAAUUAUAAAAAAAAUUGGGAAAAAUUGUUUUGAAAAAUGAUUUUGAAAAAAAUUGGGGCAAAUUAUUUCAAAAAUAAAUUGGGAAAAAUUAUUUUGAAAAAAAAUGAAAGUUGAAAAAAAAUUUGAGACGAAUCUUGGAAUCGAUUUUUGAACAAUUCCUACCUAUCUUUUUCCCCCUUCAGUUGACGAUUGAAAUCGCCUAAUCUGAUAACAAAAUGAUAAAUCUCGAGCUAAAAUCUCGUUUAAAAAAAUCUCUGCGUCACUUUCGAUCAUUAGCCUAUCAUUAGUACGUACGUAUCUUAUCUUCAGCUUAUCUCAGGUCAGCAACUGCUGCUUCUUUUGACGUUCUGGUUAAUAGAUCUGGAUCAGGUUCAAGAUAGGGAUUUUAGUAGGAUGGCGUUGGCAUUCGAUAUUAAAAAUAGCAAAGAUAAGAGUAUAUUUUUGGCGUAUCUAUUCUAUAUCUUAUCUUUGUAGUACUUUUGCACUUUGAAAUCUGAUGGAAUGUUUCUCGGCGUACUCGUUUAAUGAUGAUCUAUCUGCAGACCUACCGAGCUAAGUUUAAUUGAAAAUUGAAAAAAAAACUGUCAUCGAUUAUUGGCAUCUUUUCUGAACCAGUGUGUCCUCGAGUAACGUCACGACUCCGUUGCCUGUCGACUAUCGUUUUUUUUCUCGUGACAAAUGUCACGAUCGUCACGAGAUGAGGAUACAAGACAUAUAGGCACCGAUAGCGAGACGUUAUCGAACUCUAAUGUGAUUCAUUAAUUAAUUAAAUUUUUAAGCUUUCGAGUUGUAAGUUUUAUUAUCUUUUCAUAAGUGUUAUCUCGUGCGUAUAUUUUCGUAUAAUAUGUACAACAACAACAAAAUCCAACGUCUUCCAUGUUACGUUUUUUUUUUUGCCUUAUUUUACGUUUAAAAUAAAGAAGCAUAUUAUCCUAUAUGUAUAAUUUUUUUUUGAAACGCUGUAAUAAGGGUAUUUACGUACGUAUGUUGUGGUACCCAUCGAUACAAUAAUGUACUUUUGUAAUAUGUACACUAAUUGUGUAUACGAAGCUCUAUAAUGUAUGUACAGAUGUGUAAUAAAGAUUUUGUUUUCAGUUGAUAA